UCCAUAGUUGGGGUUUUCGUUUCCUGCCGCGUCCCGAUUCCGAAAGCAGGAUUGUUACCGCGCUCGGAGGACAAAAAACCCUACGAGUUGCAGCUCUGAGCGCCUAUCGAACCGCAAGUAGAUAACGGUGCUUAGGAUGCCACUGAGACUAUCUGAGGUUUACUAGGGUUUUGUGUUCAGCGAUGGCCAUUGGGAAAAUUACCAUCGUCAUUGGAGCAGGCUUGCUUGGAUCAGUUUUGUCAAAGGAAGGGGGCUUAUCAGAUGCCACAAACUUUUUUUCUGGUGCUUUAAGGAUUGUCACUAAGCACCUACAGCAAGAUAAAGAUGGCUCUGGAUCUGCUCCCAAGCCAAAGACUGAUACUCUUCUAGCUCAGGUUAAUAAUCUAAGGAAAGAGCUGCAAAUUUUGGCAUCUUCCAGAUCAGUUACAAUAGUAACUAGUACCAGAGCAGGUUCUCGUGCUUAUGGUGUCACAGCUCUCUUAGUUGUUGGGUGUUUAGGAUGUGGAUAUGCAUGGUGGAAGGGUUGGAAGUUUUCGGAUAUGAUGUUUGCCACAAGACGUGGUUUCUCUGAUGCAUGUUCUAACAUGGGAAAGCAAUUUGAGUUUGUCUCUUCAUCCAUUACAUCUGCAAAGCGUCAUUUAUCUUCGAAGAUUGAUGUGGUUGACCAUAGCUUGGAUGAGAUGAAAGAACUUAAUGCAGCCACCAAAAAUGAGGUUAUGCUAUUACAUGGUGAUGCUGGUCUAGUUCAUAUGGAUGUUGAUUCUAUUACACGUGCUGUCAGGAAUCUGGAGUCAAAGAUGGAUCAGAUAGAUGAUGGCCAGAAUUUUGCUGGCAGGGGAUUAUAUGCACUUUGUAAGUUUGCUGAAGGUUGGCAGCUGGGAAUGAACAACGAAUCUAUUUCGGACUCAUCAUUCAGUUCAGUGCGAGCCAUAAAACAAUCCCAAACUUUGGGUGUCUCAAGAACGGGCUCUCUGCCACCUUUAGCUCUCGAAUCACCGUCAACCUCUUGCUCCACCGAGACUCCUAAGGUUCUUCGCCCCUCCAUAACUUUAUCAGCUGGAGGCCUCAAGGAGCUGCAGCAAGUAUCUAAUCCGAUACAUUUAGGGAACUCGAGAACUAGUCCAGGUAAUGCUUCGAAGGCAGCUAAUUCUGCUUCUGGAAACAACCGUGGAGGCGGAACAUCAACUCCAGUCCGUUCUGUUUGGAAGCUACCAGGUAUCAAUGCUCUAACUAGAAGCUGGAGUAAUAAUGCUUGACUAAUGCAUCUGCCAUUUGUAGUAAGAAUGAUAUUUUCUUCUUACUUAUAAUUGCACAACCAUUUUAGCUCCUCCAAGGAAUGGUGCACCCAAAUUAUCAUCAAGCACAUUUUUUUUAUAUAUUUGCAAUUAUAUUCUACAUGUAUAGGGAAUUAUAAAGUCAUAUGUAAAUGAGUUGAGCUCGAGUGAGUUCGAGUAUUGUUCGGCUCUGUUUGUUUUGCAAAGAGUCAAUUUUUCAGUUUGUAUCAAUCUUAUCAAUUCAGAUAAGUUAUUUUUGAAAGUCAAAUAUAAAUUAUAGAAUAUGUUUAUCUGUAUACUUGCUUGC